CAGCCUUCAUCCUUCAACCAUCGAAUCUUAAGCUCUAUCAUCUCCUCUUCGACCAAAGGACACGAUAACCUCUUUUUGUCGUCGCAUCUUUAUCUUUUCAGUUCUCGAAAUUCUGUCGCAGCGGCACUUUCCUCGGCCUCGACACCCUCCUCUCCAAUUCAAGCAUUCCCACGACAUACAAUCCAACAUAUCUCUACAAUACCGACCUCUCACCACUGGCAUCAGUUCUUCCGAAACUCUUUGUCGCAACGUCGCCUUGAAUCUCCAAUAUAGCAACACAAUACAUGUAAAUAUUUCAGGUGCUACGUAAACGGAGAAGUCAUUGUUCUACAUGAUACCUUAUCAUGUUGACUGACGCACCUAACAGAUCUAAUUUCCUCUUCGAUCUAUAUACAAAUAUUGCUUUCAUGACCGAACAGUCGAAGCCGGGUUACCAGAUCAUUCUAGGCGCUCGGAACUUUGAGGAAACGAUCAGGGAAUUUUAUCUCGAACAACGAGGCGUGGUAUGUCAUUGUGCUAGAUCUACAGAAGAGAUUUAUGAGCUAAUAUAUGCUUAGGUAAUAACCGACCAAACGCACACAAUCAUUUCAGAGACAUAACUAUACCACCACAAGCGCAAGGGACUCUGUGUACAUAUCCUCCUGCUAAAUCUCCUGGGACUAUGGAGAUUGGAGUUUGGUACCCGGAGUCGGAUUUCACGAUCGAUGGCAAAACCGAAAGGGGGCCGGCUGUAGU